GUGUCGACUACUACGACAUUCCCAAAUGCAACCUAUGUGAAGUCGAAUGUGAGUAUCGUUUACCAUGCGUAUAACUCUUACGGUCAAGGCUUCAGUAAUGGUGCUUUGUCAUGGCUACAAAAGAAGAACAAGUCGUGGACUAAGGCGCAUAUGAAGUCGAAUUUCCUUGCGAUUAAUGUAUUUUUCCGAGAUAUGUCAUAUACCGAAUAUGUUCAACUGCAAGGGACGUCGCUCACAGAGACUCUCAGUGACAUUGGUGGGAACAUGGGUAUGUUUCUGGGCAUGAGCCUUCUUACGCUGAUUGAAGUGCUUCUGUACUGCUCAAAAGUCGGUUGGAUAACAUUCUCGAAGAAAAGAAGGGACUACAUGUACCGCAAGAGGGCACAGGAAAAG